AUGCCACCCAGAACCCCAGCGCAAAUUUCUGGCAUAGCUAAGGCAAACGCGACCAAGGCAGCCAAUCGAGCUGCUGCUAAAGCUAGAAGGAAGAAGGCUUCCGCGCCUGCUCGACCCGAACCUGAACCAGCAGAAGACGAGGCGGAAGAAGAAGAGUACGAAUCUGACGAAGACAUAGAAGACCUGGCCGAGUUCCACGGCUUCCUUAACGAACCACCUGCCGAAAAGCGAGCCCGACUCGCAUUCGAAAACGACGAAAAGAGGAAAGAGGAGAAACAUAAAGCAAAGAUGCCUUAUUAA